AUGACUGUCUAUUCGUUCUAUAUCUUUGAUCGCCACGCGGAAUGCAUCUACAAGCGCCGCUGGCUGCCUCGCCCGGCGUCGAUCGUGGGGAAGUCACGCAACACCGAUAGUCCAGCCCAGUCUGGGCUCGCGGGAACUGGCCAGACGAUGCGAGCUACAGACGACGACUCAAAAUUGGUGUUUGGUACGGUUUUUUCGCUGCGGAAUAUGGUCCGCAAGCUGGGCGGCGAUGAAGACAACUUCGUGUCCUUCAACACCAGUCAGUACAAGCUGCACUACUACGAGACACCGACCAACAUCAAGUUCGUCAUGUUGACGGACACUAAGAGUCCCAGCAUGCGCAUCGCUCUCCAGCAGAUCUAUAUCAAUCUCUUCGUGGAAUACGUUGUCAAGAACCCUCUGUCUCCUGCCGAACACCCAGGCGGCGUAGGAGUCAACAACGAGCUCUUCGAAGAAUCACUAGAGCAGUUCGUGACCCGUGUUCUCUCGUGA